UUGAAUUGUUGUCCAAAGGCCCCUACAGAAAAAUCCCACCGUGGAAGAUGUCCUUGAACGUCUCCCCCGCGCGAGCUGAUUUUCAUUUUAAUUUCAGGACUUUUCUUCAAAAGCACCGGGCUAAACUUCUGCUAAGAUAUCUAAAACCAACAUGAGCGAUUCGACUCCUGCGUCAGAACUUCCGCUGAACAACGACGACGUGUUGGAACUGAACAAGAAUUUGGAGCGAAUGGUCGAAGACAGUGAGAACAUGUCGGCGCAGCUGACCUGGAUGGCUUACGACAUGGUGGCUCUGCGGACCAACCCAGAGGUGGGAGCUUCCAUGCGGCAGCUGGAGGAGGCGUAUCAGAGAUGCAGGGCUGCUGUUUUGGGGGAUUCGGCCCCAGAGCCUCAGGGGGAUCCAGACUCUGCCGCUGCUAAACCGGCGGACAUGUGAUGUUCAGGAAAUACUCGGACUUUACAGCAUUAUUCCAGUGCUUUGUUUAGUUCAAGUUUUAACUGGAAGUUGCAGCAUCCUUUAUUGGAAAUAAAAGAGUGUUUAUGUGAAGUUUCCGUCUCUGUUAACAUUUGUGUACUAUUAAAAGACUUUGACUCUUGGA